ACACACGACUGAAGACAAGGAGGAGACCCGGUGCCCAGACCUCUCCCCCCCGGGCAGUGCUGGGACCACUGGAUCAUCACACAGGCGAGACAAGGACAGACAGAGAAGGAGAAUGGGAAAUGCCAGCUCCAGCCAACAGGCGGCUCAGUCUGAGACCCCCACAUUCUUCACACAGGAAGAGUUCAGCAAACUGAAGUCCGAAUUUGAAACGGGAGGAGUGGAAAAGGUUCAAUCUCUGCUGGAGAAGAAGGUGAAAGAACUGGACGACACCGAGUUGAACAUCGCCGUGACGGGAGAGUCGGGUGCAGGAAAAUCCACCUUCAUCAACGCCAUGAGAGGGCUUCUUAAAAAAGAUAAGGGAGCGGCUGCGGUUGGGACCAUAGAAACUACAAUGGAGCCAACCGGAUACUCACAUCCCAAUCUGCCCAAUGUCCGCUACUGGGACCUGCCGGGGACCGGAACUACACGAUUCACCGCGGGUUCUUACCUGAAGGAAAUGCAAUUUAAUAAAUACGAUUUCUUCAUCAUAGUGUCAGCUGGUCGAUUCAGAGAGAAUGAUGCAAAACUUGCCAAGGAGAUUAAGCGGCUGGGGAAGAAGUUCUAUUUUGUCCGCUCUAAGAUUGACGCUGACCUUAAUUCAGUGCAGCUGGAAGGGGGGGAAUUUGAUGAAGAUGUAGAAAUGGAAACGAUCCGGAGCGACUGCGUCAGUGGGUUGGGAAAGGCCGGGAUCCCCGAUCCCACCGUGUUCCUGGUAUCCAAUUUCAAGAAGAAUAUGUAUGAUUUCCCUCGGUUAAUGAAAGCACUUGCAGAUGGUUUACCAAAUAAAAAGGAAUCUGUCUUUGUCCUGGCCCUUCCCAACGAUAGUGUGGAGAUUAUUUGGAAGAAACGUGAGGUGUUGAAGGGACGUAUCUGGAUGUUGGCGACCAUCGCGGCAGGAGUGGGAGCGAUCCCGGUCCCGGGUCUCUCUGCCGCCUGUGACAUUGGGAUAUUGAUUGGAGCCAUAAACAAUUUUCGUGAAUACCUGUGUCUGGAUGCUGCUGGUCUCCACAGAUUGGCCGGCAGAACAGGCUCAUCUGUGGAAGAGCUGAAAACCAAAGCAGGAUCACCCCUACUGGGAGAAAUAACUGAACAUGUAAUAGUAAAAAGGCUGCGAUUGGGUGCGGUCUUCGUUGCUGUUUCAGCCGUGGAAGCCGGUCUUCACUUUGUCCCAUUCAUUGGUUCCCUGUUUGGUGCUGGGUCAUCAUUUGUUAUGACCUACGCGAUACUGAAUGAUGCGCUGAACCUUCUGGUGGAGACCGCUGAGAAGGUGCUCGCUAUAACCAAUGGCGCCGAGUAACCGCUCUGCCCCAAUAUCCAUCCCAUCAGUUCACGUCGUGCUGGGCUUCAUACUUUGAAUAAAUGCUGUUUGCUUCGAGCUAUCCGCUAGUCCGCCCAGGCCCACGUGAUCUCCCGUUACUCUACCCCCCCCCCCCCCCCCCCCCCCCCCCUUUCUGUCCGCGACCUACUCCACUAUCAGUGAGGCCACACACAAAUUGGAGGAAC